AGGGGGAAGUAGGGCGUGGGAUGCGGCGAAGAAUGAGAAGAUGUCCAGGGCAGCGGGGUUGGCGGGGAGGGGGGCGAAGUGAUGAGGAUUUCAUGGAUCUAUGUAUAUGAUAAUGCGGAGAUUCUCAGAGGAUGGAUUUUCGCCCGGGGUGUUAUUUCAAACCGCUGCGAGGAAAUCUGCAGGAGCGAUGGGUUGUUACCGUUCCUGCUCUAAAUCCAGCCAGCUAUGAAGUUAUGACAAGAGCAGUAAGAGCUCAUCGCCCCUGCCACAAGAAACAUAGUCCAAGUGACAAUGUCCCACUCUGUUUACAAUUGAAACAGAACAAUAUAUUAGAAAGAAUCCAUGAACGGGGGCUUUAUUAUCCAUAGACAGUGGGAUGUACAAUUCCCUCUUCAAUCUCUACCGGCCACAACCCCAUUCAAUCCGUCAGGCGGCAAUAUUCUCUACAUACCACGAGGUUUCUAUACGCAACGAACUCUUCACAUAUCACGAACACUUCACCAACCACACGGUAUCACUGACCUCAAGAGGCGUUUGCCUAUCGCCGCAAGCACCCCCUACCAUCUUAACUGAGCUCACCCGCUUCCAAUUCACCCAAAUCUCAUCGCCUUUACCAAGCAACCCUCCGGAUCGACCAAGUCUAAUCGUCUCCUUCACCAAAAGCAUCCACCUUCCAAAUCAACCAGACCCAAUGGCUUCCUCAGACGUAGAGUCGUCAGUUUAUUUUCAUACCAGCCUCUGCAAAACCCUCUGCGACACCAUCGACGAUCUCAUCUGUGCUGGCCGCAUCGAGCCACAGCUCGGCGCGAAACUUCUCAAGAACUUCGUGCCGAGUGUCAAGAAGGCAUUUGCAGAGCAUGUGAGGGAGGUUGUGAACAUGAAGGGCCGGCUGCAGUACUACCGCAACUAUGAGGACAAAUGGUGGUGGGUUGUGCGCGACUGCACAGUCAAGCUCCGGGCAGGAGUUGACGCGGAGAUGUUGCGCGUAGAUAAGUUGCGGAUUGUAGGGUAUCCAGCUGGGGAUGAACUGAAUGGAAAGAAGGGAGGCGGUUUGGAGGCGGUUGAAGGGAAGAUCAAACAGAAGAUCAAGCGGAAGAUCAAGGGGGAGACCAAGCAGGAGACCAAGCAGGAGACCAAAUAAGAUGUACAAUGGGCCAGGCUGAGGUGGAUUUCGAAGGGCAAUGGUGCAUAUAAGUGCGGAGGGGUUUGAAGGAAAUGGACGUCGAGCCGGACCCCUAUGUUUUAUGGUUUGCCCUAAAUUAUUAGAUACAGGGCUCGUAAUCGUUCGAAACUGCAUCUAUAUAUUACGGAUAUAGUCUGAGUAUCAUCGCCGUAGGCAUAUAUAUUCUGGUUAUGUCAUGGCAUAUGGAAAACUAAACUUCAUUAUAAG